AUGAAGAGCCGCCUGUGCCGUACAGGAAGGGCCCCCUCGUCGCGCUCGCUACUGCGACGCAGCGCCCGCGGUCGACCACUAAUAAAGCGGCAUCGACGUCAGCCAGUUGAGUCCUGCUCUGAGUUCUCCAUCGCCUCGGCGGUUGCGCGCGCGGACGACCUAGAGGAUGAAUGGAAGCUUGACGGGGCGAGACAGCAACAACAAAAACAAACAUGGAAUGGGCAGGGGGAGAAGGAGGGAACGCGGGGCUGGGGAGCAGAGUGCUUUGCUUUUGCUUCUUUGCGGAAGAGCCUCUCGCUUUGCUUGCCUCUUCUUCUCGCACCAACCUGGCACCCGACGUAG